CUUUUCCUCCUUUCCCGGACCUCCAUUCGCCCCGUCACUGCGUUCGUAUUGCACUGUUCUGUCAAACUCGGAACAAAAAGGGGCGAAGGUCCGUGUGCGCGCGCGAGUUGCGAGUGCGAGAAAGCUUGUGUGCGGGGUGGGGCCGCUUUUACACGAAUUUCGUCGGUGUCGGUUGUCGAGGAAGAUGAACUGAUCGACCUGCAUCCGUCACACGAUUGUGGAGUUGUAUCCUCGUGAACUUACAUCGAUUGUUACAUUGUGAAUCUGAUCAGCUCCGAGACAGCUGCGGAUAGCCAGCCAUGGAGGACGAUCUGCCGACUGAGUACGAUGUGGUCGUCGUAGGAACAGGUAUGACCGAAUCCAUCGUCGCCGCGGCGGCAAGCAGGAUUGGCAAGAAGGUUCUGCACCUGGAUAGCAAUGAAUAUUAUGGAGGUCUUUGGGCUACAUUCAAUUUUGAUGGUUUGCAAAAAUGGAUAGAAGAUCUAAAAACAGCUAAAAGUAAUACUAGAAAUGCAAAUGUUGAUUUGGAGAAGAAUGAAAAAUUUUUAAAGGCUAGUGAUCAAUAUUCUACAGUGGAGAACAUUGAAGAAACCUGGUAUAUUUCCAAUGAAGCAGAUUUACCUGAUGUUUCCUCAAAAGUCACCCAGACUGAAAUCUCUGGAGAUAGCGCCAGUGCUGAGGGUGCAGAAAAGACUGAUCAGGACAAGGCUGAAAAAAAGGAAAGCGUGAAACAAUGGAGCAUAGACCGUAUCAAAAAAGAAUAUAGAAGAUUUAAUAUUGAUCUGGCACCUAAACUAUUAUUCGCUCGUGGAGAAUUAGUAGAACUAUUGAUUUCUAGCAACAUUGCACGUUAUGCUGAAUUUCGUGCGGUCUCUAGGGUUGCCACUUAUAUGGAUAACAAACUUACGCAAGUCCCUUGCUCUCGAGCCGAUGUGUUUGCCAAUAAAACUGUUAGCGUGGUUGAAAAGAGAAUGUUGAUGCAGCUUUUAACAUCCUGCAUGGAACAAGGUGCCGAUAGUCCAGAGUUUGACGGUUUCCGUGAUAAAACAUUCUUAGAAUAUCUUAAUACGAAAAAUCUUACGCCUAUAGUACAGCACUAUGUUGUACAAGCUAUCGCAAUGGCGACGGAGAAAACAUCAUGCAGAGAUGGCGUUAAUCGUACAAAGCAUUUCCUCAAUAGUCUUGGACGUUAUGGAAAUACACCAUUCUUAUGGCCUAUGUACGGAAGCGGUGAAUUACCUCAAUGUUUCUGCAGAUUAUGUGCAGUCUUUGGCGGAGUUUAUUGCUUAAAGAGACAUUUAGACGGCGUGGUAGUUAAUGACGAUAAAUGUAAAGCGAUUAUUACCGGAAAACAGAGAUUGGCCUUGGAACAUUUAGUUGUAGGGCAAGGACACUUGCCACCAGAAAUUGUAGCCUCUGAAGGAGAAAAUCAAAUUUCGCGUGGAAUUUUCAUUACUGAUAGAUCACUUCGGUUUAACAGAUCAAUUAUGCAAGGUGAUAAAGAAAGUCUAACGCUUUUGUAUUAUCCACCGGAAGAACCUGGCCAAGAAUCCGUUACUUUAAUUGAAUUGGGACCAUCCACGAACGCUUGUCCUCAAGGAUUAUUCAUGGUUCAUAUGACAUGCAAACGUACGAAAAAUGCAAAAGAAGAUCUGGCAUAUGUCGUGAAUAAGUUUCUGAGAGCUGAACCGCUUGACUCUAAUGUAACACGUAGUUCUUCUGAUUCUCAUACCCAAACGGUUUCUCCCGAUAAACGACAUCUUCAGGAUCGUGAUCAACGAGAGAAGGAAGCAAGUGAAUAUCCAUUACCUCAAGUGUUAUGGUCUCUAUAUUUGAAUUUACCUGCAAGUGAUAUUAAAUUAAGCGACUCUGCGCCGAGUAAUAUACACUUAUGUUCUGGACCGGAUCUUGAACUCGAUUUCGACUUUGCUGUAAAUCAGGCCAAAAAUAUUUUUAAAUCUAUGUAUCCAAAUGAAGAUUUUCUGCCGCGCGCACCUGAUCCAGAGGAAAUUGUUCUGGAAGGUGACGAAACACCGGGCCCAAAAUUCGAGGGCGGUGACCCCGCAGAAGGCGAGGAAAAGCAAGAUGUCGAAAAGGCUGAGAAGGAGGAGGAAUGAACAAUUAUCAUAUACUGCUUUUGCGUCUUCAGUGUUGAAGAGAAGAUAAGGCUUUUGCGCCUUUAGUGUCUUUUACCUUUAUCGUUAUUGCAUUUCCUUAUAAACAUAUUCGAAAAAAAGAAAAAAUAACAAGAUAGAAUACAAAUUACGAUGAGACAGUAGUAAUGCAAGCGAAGUGACGAAGCUUUGUGACGUUAAUCUUAUUUUGAAUUGUCCGUAUAUUUAUUCGCAACAUUUUUUCGUCUAUAUUUGGGAUAUUUGUUGAUUCGUGUGUCUGCAAUUUAUCUCUUGCCUACACAAACACAUGCUUUCAAAUUUCAUGUUUCACUCACAAUGUGAGUAGAUAUUAUGCUUUGGUAAGGACACAGACUCGUUAGAAGAGCACAAAUGCGUUUACCAAGAUAAAUAUGAAAUUACAAUGUGAUUAUUGUGAAUGAAUAUCUUUAUGUAAUUUUCAUAUUUUUUGUUUGAUACUUUAUUGCAACUAAACAGUGAGUAUUACGCAAAGAAAAAAAUCGGAUGCAUUUUGAAAUUCAUUCCAAGUAGACAUAGCACUCGCAAUCAUUAGAUUAAAAACGUAUCUUGUACACUAUAUAACAAUAUCGCCGGAGAUUAUAAGAAAAUAAAUAAAUAUGGUGUCACGCUUUGAUACUCUAGUAGUUAUUAACAGCAUAAACCGCAACUUACAUAUAACAUAUUGUAUGUGCACGAGCCAUUAGUUAUUUAGAUAGACAUCUUGACUUAUUGGGAUUGAUAGUUUGUACUACAUGCAUUAUAAAUGGAUAUGUUAUCUUCAAUGCGCUUGUCAUGAUAUAUCUGUAAUAAAAAUGCGCAAUCUAAACUCA